GCUUGUUAUUUCCGGGUUGGAGGCGCCGCCAUUUUGGGCAGUGACAGACGGGACUCGCUGUUGUCGGCCCCGCGUCCCCCUUCAGCACCGUCAUCGCCACCCACGGCCCGACCGGGGCAGCAGCAGCAGCAGCCCGCGCUGAUCCACACCGAACCGCACCGCACGCCGCCCACAGGACAUGUCAACCAUGAAUCCCGAAUAUGACUAUUUAUUCAAGCUGCUGCUCAUCGGAGACUCUGGUGUUGGGAAAUCUUGCCUUCUCCUCAGAUUUGCAGAUGAUACAUACACAGAAAGUUAUAUCAGUACAAUUGGUGUGGAUUUUAAAAUCCGAACAAUAGAGUUAGACGGCAAGACCAUCAAACUUCAAAUAUGGGACACAGCUGGCCAGGAGCGGUUUCGAACAAUCACUUCCAGUUACUACAGAGGGGCACAUGGCAUCAUCGUUGUGUAUGAUGUUACAGACCAGGAGUCAUUUAACAAUGUAAAGCAGUGGCUUCAGGAAAUAGAUCGCUAUGCCAGUGAAAAUGUUAACAAGUUAUUGGUAGGAAACAAGUGUGAUCUGACAACCAAGAAGGUGGUGGAUUAUACAACAGCAAAGGAAUUUGCAGAUUCCCUGGGGAUCCCGUUUUUGGAAACCAGCGCAAAGAAUGCGACGAAUGUAGAACAAGCCUUCAUGACGAUGGCUGCCGAGAUCAAGAAGCGAAUGGGUCCGGGCGCCACUUCCGGCGGCUCGGAAAAGUCGAACGUAAACAUCCAGAGCACGCCGGUCAAGUCGUCCAGCGGCGGCUGCUGCUAAGAAUUUCCACCAUUUCCAAAAAAUUUGAUUUAAAAGGCCCAAAAGUAAGAACCGUCGCCUGACCCGUACUGUAAGUAGACACACUACUGCAGACUCGCCCCUCCCCCACUCCACCCCCUCCCCCCACCCCCUCCCCCCCACUCUCCUUUUCACACACACACACACACACACACACACACACACACACACACACACACACACACACACACACACAGAGACGCACACACACGCACACACACGCACACACACACACACACAAUCAGGCACUGAAGAGCCAGUAUUGGCUGGGAUAUCCAACUCAAGUCUAACUUCAUUUUCAGAACUGUUUUAAACUUUAAAGUGUGCAGGUCAUUAAUAAUGUGCAUAAGUCUCAUGUUAGCAGAUUUUCAUGCAGUUGGUUUAUAUUAUAAAGAAAUGAUUUUUGUUUCUAAUGGCAUGUUUUAAAUGUCAGCAUUGGAUGGUCUCUGAGGGUGAAGUUUAGUCACGGCCAGUGUUUUGUCUUAUUCAUUGCCAUCAAUAAAAUUUAGUCAUGUUAUGUUGGAUCUGAUUUUGCUAGUACUUUCUGUAGAGACACAACCACACUGCAUUCCCUUCAUACUCUCUGCGUAUAACUUGUGGCUGCAGGAUAUUGUAACUUGUUGCACAUGUAUAACAUUAAACAACUGAAAUGUUUAAUAAUAUUGUACCUAGACUUAAUUUAGAACUAACCCCGGUGGGCCAGAACGGUCCGCCAAGCGUCAAGGUCUACAAGAUCAACGGGCUCGAUUACUGCAGAGUGUAACUGUCUUAAUUUAUUCUGCAUUUCUCAUGUGUUGUAUCUCGUUGUAGAGUUUUGGUUGUGGAUGAGAGAGUACAGUCUGUAGAUCACUGCUGUUAUGAUUCCCAUUUGCCUUGGAGACGCCUUGUAUUUAUGUGGCACGUUGAACGCUGGGACUUUCUGCACACCGAACAAGGGGCUGCUCCAAACCGAUCACAUUUUUACCCAUGAAUUUCCUUUUAUUUUGUGUGGAAUUUUGGAGACUACAUCUGGAUGCUGCGUUGACUACAUCUGGAUGCUGCGUUGACUGCAGAGAGAUUGGUAAUAGUCGCCAUUAUCAGGCAUGCUAACCACUUCAUUUUAGAGCUAGUGUAGGGACCCAUAUAAUUUAAAAUAUUUUAAGCAUGGUGAAGGGUGAUUUAACUCAAAUUUAUUUUUACUCAUUCUAAAUAAAAUGCUUCAUGGCACUUUCCUCCA